AUGGCGGCCGCCGGCGCGCCGUUCUCAAUCCGCCUCCUGCCUUGUUUUUCGUUUCGCCGCUGCGGCGGAUGCAGGGAAUACGCGGCGCGGGCGCGGACGGAGGGCGGGGGUUGGCCGUUCCGCGGGGGCGCGGGGGCGCUGCCGCCGGUGAAGGUGCGGCGGUUCAGGUGGUGGGAGGACGUGGCGGCGGCGGCGGUGGAGGACGAGGAGGGGGAGGUGGAGAGGAGGAUGGCGGCCAAGCGACGGAAGCGCUCCGUCGCCGAGCUCUUCGCCGCCGUGCCGAGGGUGGCACGGGGCCAGGGGUGCGGGAAGGGGAAGGCCGCCAAGAGGAAGCUAGACGGGAAGGGGAGCGGGAAGGAUAAGGUGAUGCUUGCUGUCAGGGUUAAGGCGAGCAAUGGGAGCAAGAAGAAGAAGAAGAAGGCGCCCCCAACCGGGAUCGAUGUGAGAGAAAAGGAGAAAAGCAGUGGAGUAAAAGCUACCUCAAUUAGCGUUUAUCAGUUGUUUCAACAUUCCAUAAGAAAGAAGAAGCCCAAGAAUUCUCUUAGCAAGAAAAAGGGAAGUCAAGAGGUUUCGGUUUUACUGGGCAGAAAAAGUAAGAAGGGAAACAGAAAGUCAGUUUUGGAAAGACACAAAAAGGAUAUAACAAACAGUAUUCAAGCUCAAAGCAUUUGUAAGAAGCAGUCAAAAGCAGGGUUCAGCACAGUACUGGAUAACACAGAUAUUAGGUGUAACUCGAGUUCUUACAAAUCAAAGCAUGUUACCUUUUCUGAUGGCACUGAGGUAUUCAGAUGGACUGCCCAUCUGCCUGAAGUUAACACAGAGCAACGACAAUCAGUACAGACAUCCCAGCGAUCCACUCGGGAAGGUCAUGAUCACCGCAAUACAGAUAAGCCACAGUUGGUCUGUCAACAAGCAGAUGCUAUAUCAGGUGCUGUGGAGAAUACCAGCUCUUUAUCUGAAAAUGUAGUAUCAGCUGGUGUUCACCAUGCUGUCCCACUCACCAAACCGAAAGAUAGGACUAUAUUGGGCACUUCAGUGGAUCUGAAUCACUGCAUUGAAACUUCUAACAGCAGUAAUUGUCUGAACUCCAUUAGUUUGGCAUGCUUAUCCCGUAAGGUGCCCUUUCAAAACUUCAACGGUGUGAACUCUCAUCUAGACAGCGAUGAUGGCUUAAGUUCUGAUGUUGAGUGUCUUGGAGAACGAAACCAUAUGGUAUCACAAGCAUCAUACGCUCCUGCUAGUUUGACAGCCAAGGCGAUAUCAGGUGAUAGGAGUCCAGAGUCACAACCUUCCAGUUCUUGUUUACGUGAAAAGAGCAGAAGCACAUUGCAGGAGAGGUCGGUUGCUAAUUAUCACUUGGGCACAGUUCAUCCUGAGCUUCUUAGAUCUGGUAAAGACGUGAUGAGAAGCAUAAGCUCUUCAAUAGGAUCACAUAAACCAGCAGGUGGACAAGGCAAGGAUUGUGUAUCAGCAGGCAGGAACAUGCACUUUGGUGAUGACUAUCUUGGCCUUCCUAUUAAUUCACGAGGUGAAUUCGUUAAGGUUCAUCCUGGUGGCACCCCUAAUUCUGUUGACAUUUUUAAGAGGCAGUACAUGGGGGAGAGUUCUUUGGGUCCCUCAGCUAUCCCAACCGUUUUCACUCCUAGUACUGGCAUCGAUCAUGACGAUCUGAGACCCAACCAUCAUGCUCGACAAAUUUAUUCAGUAGAUCAGUCUGUGUUUCAUGCAGAUACUCGUUUUACUCCGGCAGCCUCAACAGCGUAUGGGUUGGAUUUCAGACAGUUGCCAAGUUCUGAAAGAGCAAAAAUUCAUUACUAUAGAAUUCCCAGCAACAAGUAUCCAUGCACCAACCAACAGGAGCUUUCGGUGGAAUGUUUUUGCUCUGGAUGCAUAAUGCAUCAUAAUACACAGCAGCGGCUACAUGGGAUGCAAAGCCUUUGGCUAAGCCAGAACAGUGGACAGAACACCCAACACAAUGCUGAAACAACAAUGCGCCUUAUGGGGAAAACAGUUACACUUGGAACUAGCGCCAUACAAUGUAGAGAUCUGGAUAACGAAACUCCACGUUCCAGUAAAAAAACCCGAGCUGAAGAUCAGUUCUUUCAGGGAACACGGCUUAACUUUUUUCCACAACUGUUCCAUGGAGGAGCGGUCGAUCCCCCUUCUGCAUGUAGGAUUUCAGAUGGAGAGAGACAGUCCACUGGAAACCCAUCACAUUUUUCUUUUGUUCCAGCAGCUGUACCAAGUUUUGUGCUUGAUACUAGUAGUUUCAGAACAAAUAGUUACAACCAGCAACCUGAACUAGUAACAGCAAAUAAUCGGUAUGCUCGUUCAGGGGGCUGGUGCAAUGAAAGUGAGAUAGGACAUCGUCAGCCAGUUAUGGCAAAGCAAGUUCAGAGUAACGCUGAAGACACGCUAUCUGGUUCUAUGCACCGCAGGCACACUCAGACUCUUGCACCGGAGUCAUCUUUAAAUAGAAGGAACGACGUCAGAGACUUCAUGGAACAAAGACAGGUGCCUAGUUAUCUUCCUCAACAGUUUAACAGAAUGACACAGAGGCGCCCAGUAUCAUCGUUUGCGUCAAGUUAUCCUGUUCAGAAUGCUACUGGUUUGGCAACUCGAACAAAAUUCACCUCCCUCCGACCAUUGCCCCCUUCGGUCAUUCCUUCCCAAGCUUGCAACGCUGAUUAUGCACCGCCUCAUGGAUCUAUUACCACCUUUCGCCCACCAGUUCCAGUUCCCUAUCCAGUGAGCAAUCCUCGUGCUCCUGGCAAUGGGAUAUUUGAGGACCAGAGCAUGAGAUGGACUAUGAUGGGAUCAAAUCCUGAGGGAUUGGAAGAUACCAGGAGUAAAUUUAAGAGACCUGCAGAAAAGGAUGACGUGUUCCUGACAUUGCCAAAGAAACCUUGCACAGCUGCUGUGAAGGAGCUAAACAUGUUAUCAUUCCCAGGAAAGGGUUUGGAGUUCCGUGGAUACAGAACAGAUUCACAAGCCCGAGACGCGCCUAUCUGUGCCGGCGACGACCCUGAAGCAGAUCUCCGACUUGGAAACAGAGAAUUACAUGCCACAUGGUCAUCUCCUGCCAAUGCGCACAGGCCUCUGAAGCUGAAACCUGGAGCGAAGCAUGUAGUGCAGCCGAGUGCGGGCGGCGUGUACCAAGAAAGUCCCUGGCCUGUGCAUCCAGUCACACCAUUACUGGCCCCGGAGAAGGACGCUUGUACACUAGGUACGUCGUCCUAGACGCGAGGCGCCCAGAAGUUCUAAUGGGUCUUGGCUGUAAGUGAAGUACCUGUAUAAAUUUGGGGGUGGCAUGCCACGAGGCAGGCGACUUCGUUCAUACUCUGCCCAGACCUGAACAUUCAGUGAUCUUGGUUGGAAGCUGCUGGUUUGGCGUGAGGGCCAUUUUCGUGAAGCAUUGCCGUGUUGCUGCAAA